AAGAGGAUAAAGUUGUAAAAAAAGUAGAGCCCGUGCCCGCUCUCGCAACAGAAAUUGACCACGCAAAUGCAAAUCCUCGCAUUGUUGAGAAGCAGAACCAGGAGACGGUGUUGAACCCGCUGCGACAAUCCCUCCCUGCUGUGCAAGAAACGUCGAAGAGCCGAGAUCACGCGGCUCCCACGACGGUGCCCUCGCAGCUGCCCAGUCGCGAUUCGUCGAAAGUUACGAGCAAGGGAGGAACAGGAAGUAAAUCAACAGGAGACCAACGAAGAAAUAAGUCUUCUAGUAUUACACCAGCAGCACACCUAGUACAACUGCACGGUGCCAUUCAGCCACGGAUCAACCCGCUGCAGAAGCGAACGCUGUAUUACAUUGUUUUGUGCCGGCUGAAAAACAUCACAAAGCAGGAGUUUCGGAACCAAAUUCGGGAUGUCAUGAGAACCACCACAAGGACCACUCUGCAGUUACGGAUGCUCGGAAAUCACGAUCUUCAUGCCGGAAUAGGUGCAGCAGAUGUCGACGUAUGCACUGCAAAACUGUCUUUUUUACAGUUGAACGCAAAUAUAUUAUAUACGUUUUCGCAGAAUGAAGUAUGAAGGAAACAAAAGUGCAAUGUGCAUAGAAUUACUAUGCUGAGUUCUUGCCAGAAGACAUGUCAAACAACAGCCGUGACUCAGACAACAGCACAAGAAGUACGGCGGUUUUGCAGAGAAUAUGCCGACAAAGCUGCUCCAGGUGUUAUUUUUAACCAGCGUGGAUCAACUACAUCUCAAGAACAAAGUACUGGGGAAAUUAUAAGUAGCACGACGGCAAAACGACCAUCGACGCCAAACUCCGCCCCCUUCAGCCGGCACUUGGUUUACCGGAAAUUUCAGGGAGAGAUCAUCGACGUGAGGGAACAACUGAUCAAGCAAAAGUACCUGCAGUGGAUCGAGGACAUCGCUCGGGAGGAAUGCAAACUGUUCGCCGCAACGCUGCAACAGGCGAUGAAACGGUACGAACGACAGCGGACUUUUGACGAGGCUGCGCUCGCCGGAGUGGUCACGACUACAGGUGCGGGUGGUGGUGCCACGAAGAGUGGUACUAGCUCAACUGUAGCAGGUGGUCGUGCAACAAGAAACGGUACAUCUUCCACUUCUGGCGCGACUACAUCGUCCUCGUCUAAAACCCUCGUGUUGAUUGAACAGGGCGCCACCGCGCUGUCUGGGUUGCUGUCGAUGCGCCGACCGAGUAACGUUUCCCCGAUGACGACGAUCGAGCGGGUCCGGCAGCAGAAUAUGGGAAAUAAAACCGCGAAAAACGGAAAUGGUGCGUCGACAUCAUCCUCUAAAAUCGAGGGGAAACUGAAAAACGGGUCUGGUUCAUCUGCUGCUGCACCUACGGCUGCCGAGAUAAAACAGGAGAUGAGGGAAAAGGAACGGCUGCACAAGCGACAAAUGACCACACUGCUGCUAGACUCCUGGUGGAGUUUGCUGGAGCUGUUUUCGUAUGCAUCUUUGCAAAAGUAG